AUGCAAGACGAAAAAUCCACAGGAGCCGGGUUGGUGAACUUGGAAGCGGAAUUAUCUUGUUCGAUAUGCACAGACAUUCUAUAUCAACCAUUAACCCUGCUCGACUGUCUUCAUACCUUCUGUGGCGUGUGCCUGAAAGAAUGGUUCUCGUGGCAAGUAUCACAUCCACCUAGCUCCAGCAAAAGCGCCCAAGCCACCUGCCCGUCAUGUCGAGCCGCAAUCCGAGACACUAGACAUGAUGCCAAAGUUACCACACUUCUUGACUUAUUUCUAGAGUCAAAUCCACAUAGAGCCAGGGGCGCUGAAGAGAGAAAGGAGUUAGAAUGGAAAUACAAGCCUGGGGAAACUAUUCUACCGGUCAGACCCCCCAAUGCUGCUCGCAUGUCUGACUCAGAAGGGAACGAAGAGGAUCGUAGAUUGCUAGAAGACUUCAGACAGAUGAGUCUUAGGGAUGCAGACCGAAGACAUACUCGUGUGGCAUCUGCUUCUCGAACUUCACCAUCCCGUACCCGCAGUCGAACUUCAGGGAAUCGAGAAGCAGGCCGUCAGGAAGAAGCGCAGGGGCGGAGACGGCAUGCGUGGCAUGCUGCCAGCCAAGAGUGGUCAUCCCCUGUCCAGACUUCAAAUACGAGGCGAAUUGAACACCAGGCCAGCUUACGAUCUUUGUUAGAUACUUCAGAUGGAGAGUCUGUGAUUGAAGAGGAAAUACUCAGACAGAUCAUAGACGAAGGCCUCUUGGAUGGGAUAGAUAUACGGAGCCUGGAUACUGAGCAGGAAGAUGAGCUCAGUGAACGUAUCGCAGAAGCGUAUCGAAAGAGACACCUUCGCCGGUCUAUUGCUCAUCAAAGCACACAUAGCGAAGGUGAAGGGGGUUCACGCCAUCCUAGAAACCGACAACCCAGGUCAAAUAGCGAUAACGAGCGCCCACCGGUAUCUCGACCACAUUUACUUGAGGCGCCCAUGCCGAGAACCAGGUCGUCCAAUCACCAACAGCGAAGUUCCUCUGAUCGAGGUGUGAGGCGUAGAGCAACCUCUCCAUCUCCAAGAACUGCUGCCUCUUCGGCUGAAGCUCUUAUACAGCCAACGGCAAGGCACUCGAACGAUCUAUCUACUAGACGUUCUUCCCAUGCCAAUUCCUCUUCAGAGCCUGUCCGCCAUCGGACAGAAUUACCACUCUCAUCCCCUAGACAGAGUGGUGAAUCUGAGCAGAGGGCUCUCCAGACUGGCAUAAGGUCCACAGAUCGUCGGCAAGUAGUAGGAACCCCAAACUCAACAUCUUCCAUUACAACUACAAGCCCCCAGAUAGGAUCUUCUAGUCAACUAGUCGCAACGCCCCCAUCUAUGUCUGUCCCUCAAUCGAGUGAACGCCUUCCAUUAAUUGACGGACGCGAUGCUACCAUACCCUCCCCUUCUAGGUCUUCAUCCUCCCGACCGACAUCAUCUCGAAGCGAUCCAGCAACUCACUCAAAUGAAAGUCUCUUCUCCGAGCCGUCUAUAUCCUGCAAUCGAUGCGAUAAACGGAACAUUCAAUAUGAAGUUUACAAGUCGUGCACUCGAUGCGGCGAUGGCAAUUACAAUCUGUGUUUACUAUGUUACCGUUUAGGCCGAGGAUGCCUGCACUGGUUCGGAUUCGGGGACAGUGCUCAGGCUCUAUUUGAAGAAAAAUACCCAACAAGGGUUUCGGUAGUCCGGGAACGGCCGCAUGUUUUGCAAUCACGGAAAUAUUUGCGCCCACAAGGAGAUGCAGCCCACACUCGGCCCAGAAGCUCCCGAAGACGAACUAGUGACGACCCUGUGAAAAGGUUCCAGAGUGGCUUGUUUUGCGAUAUGUGCCAGUCAUUUGCAGACGACUGUUUUUGGAUAUGCAGCACUUGCAAUGAGGGAGAAUGGGGGUUUUGUAACAGCUGUGUCAAUCAAGGCAAUUGCUGCACACAUGCACUCCUGCCAAUUGCCCGUGUUCGUGAGGCGGAUCUUGCGCAGUCACGUAUAUGGACAUCCCCAUCUGCCACUAGCCAGCCACCAGGAACCGCAUCCAGCCAUAUAUUAGGAUCUACCAUCGCAAUUGGCAGCGACCGUUACCGUCCACUGACGUUUUCUACACAAUGUAACAAUUGCUCCUACCCGAUUCCUCCCUCGACAAGCCGCUUCCACUGCACAACAUGCAACAUUGGAGACUAUGACCUAUGUACAAAUUGCUACCUGAAACUCAGAGCCAACGGUAAAAUCAGCAAAGACAAUGGGCCGAACGGCUGGCGGAGAUGCUUACAGGGCCAUCGAAUGCUGAUCGUCGGGUUUGAGGACCACGCGGACGGCCAGAGACGAGUUGUUGUCAAAGACAUUGUAGGAGGACAUGCGCUGAGAGAUGAAUUGGUGGGAACAGCAAAUGCAAACCCAAGUACCCAUCCCAGCGCCUCAUUCCCCAAGCCCACGCGCCAAGAUUCCGGAGACUGGAUGUGGAAAGACGAAGGGAUGAGCACCAGCACGACGCACCGUCGACGCAUUUCACGGUCACGAGCAGCCUGGUCAAACUCCUCGCCUACGACUCCCACGGAGCCCACGGCCGAAACGCCAUUUUCCACGCAAUUCCCACCGUCGGGUGGCAUUGGGCUGCGUCUGGUGGCACUCUGGUCCUAUUACCCUGACCUGGAUGUGACGGAUGAGAUUCUCUUCCCUCGCGGUGCGGAGAUUACGGAGGCGGAGAAUAUUAACGAUGACUGGAUGUGGGGGUGUUAUGCGGGGCAGAAGGGCUUGUUUCCUGGUGGGUAUGUAAGGGAUAUAAGGGAGAUGGCCGGCUUGGAGCCAAGGGGUGUUGUUCAGGGGGGGGAAUGA